AAACUAGUUAGCUAUGUUUUUCAAGCUCGCCGUAGUACUGACUCUCCUGGUUAUAAACUCAGUCGCCGACGAUGUUAAUUUCACCUAUAAUGGGUUCCAAUCGACGGAUUUGAGCCUCCAAAACCUGGCAGUUGUAAGCUCCAAUGGACUCUUGAAGCUCGCCAGUACUGAUUACUCCUUCUUCACUGCCGCCGCUUUCUACAAGGACUCGGUAAAACUCAAGAACUCCACAAACGGUACCGCUUUCUCCUUCUCGACCACCUUCGUCUUCGCCAUAGUCCCCGAUUUAUUAUUUCGAGAUCUCAGUGGUCACGGAAUGGCUUUUGUAAUUUCACCGACCCAAGGCCUUCCGUAUGCUUCCGCGACUCAAUAUCUCGGCUUAUUCAACUAUAGCAACAAUGGAGAUCCCAGUAAUCAUAUUGUUGCUGUGGAACUCGAUACGUUUCAGAAUGAGGAGUUCGAGGACAUCGACGAUAACCAUGUAGGAGUUGAUGUUAAUGGGUUAAAGUCCGUGGAGUCUCACGGAGCUGGGUAUUAUGUGGGCAGCACCGGUCAAUUUAGAAACUUGACGCUACCCAGUGGACGGCCAAUGCAGGUCUGGGUAGAGUACGAUAAUCAAGAACAGAGAAUGAAUGUCACUUUAGCUCCAAUUAAUGUUCGUAAACCCAAAUUCCCACUUCUCUCUCUACCGAUCGAUCUGUCUCCGAUUGUCAAUGAAACCGUGUAUCUCGGAUUCUCGUCGGCCACGGGACGUCUCCGAGCAUCUACUUAUAUUCUGGGUUGGAGCUUUAUGAUUAAUGGCCAAGCUAAGGAGCUCGAUAUUUCCAAGCUUCCUAAACUUCCUGGCAGCGCAUCGAGGCAAACAUCAAAACUUUUGACAAUUGGGUUGCCUCUGAUUUUCAUGAGUCUGGUUUACGCAACAGUUUCAGGGGUUGUUUAUCUCAUAAAGAGGAAGAGGAAAUUCGCAGAUGUAGUUGAAGAUUGGGAAUGCGAAUACGGCCCUCAAAGAUUCAAGUACAAAGAUCUGUAUAUGGCGACACAAGGAUUCAGGGACAAAGGGUUACUUGGUACCGGCGGAUUUGGUAAGGUCUAUAAAGGAACAUUGCCCACAUCCAGACAGGAGAUUGCCGUUAAAAUUGUCUCUCAUGGAUCAGGACAGGGGAUGAAGGAAUUCAUUGCUGAAAUUGUUUGCCUUGGUCGUCUCCGACACCGAAACUUAGUGCGACUCCUGGGGUAUUGCCGGAGAAAAGGCGAGAUGCUCUUAGUUUAUGAAUACUUACCGAAUGGGAGCCUUGACAAAUACCUGUAUGGCCAGCCGAAGGUCACCCUGAAUUGGGGACAGAGGUUCAGGGUGAUCAAGGGCGUAGCCUCAGGGCUAUUGUAUUUGCACGAAGAAUGGGAGCAAAUUGUGAUUCAUAGAGAUGUCAAGGCUAGCAAUGUUCUCUUAGAUGGUGAAUUGAACGCGAGAUUAGGAGAUUUCGGGCUCGCAAGAUUGUAUGAUCAUGGAACGGAUCCACAUACAACACAUGUGGCAGGUACUCGAGGGUACCUAGCUCCGGAGUACACCAGAACGGGAAAGGCCACAACGAGGACAGAUUUAUUUGCUUUUGGUGCAUUUUUGCUAGAAGUUGCAUGUGGUAGAAGGCCGAUUGAGCCACAAGCCGGAAAAGUUGUUCUCGUUGAUGAGGUGUUUUCGUUUUGGCAAAAAGGAAAAAUUCUUGAUGUCAAAGAUCCGAAAUUAGGGACAGAUUUUGCAGCAGAGGAGGUGGAGCUAGUACUGAAGCUUGGAAUGCUCUGUUCGCAUUCAAACCCCGUAGCCAGGCCGAGCAUGCGCCAAGUAAUGCAUUACUUAGAAGGGGAUAUUCCUCUACCAGACAUAUCAUUACUAUCCCUGACUGCUAGUGGUCUAACGUUUGCCCCACGCGAAGGUUCUGAGGACGCUGUCCUGCCCCAUUUAUCUUUAAUUGUAGAAUCCGUGCUUUCAGGUGGUCGAUGAUUCUUUAAAUUAUUUUUAGGGUGGUGCCAUACUACAAUUUUUUAUAUUAUUUUUUGAUAUAAUUUUUAUAUGUUAUUAAAUAUGUAAAUACAUUUAAUAUUAUUGAUUUUAUGUGAAUAAAAAUAAUCAAUAAUU